GUCGGGGGAGGCCCCCCCCCCCGCCCUGCACGCUCCGUAUCCGCCGGGUCCAGGAGACCCUGGGCCCUGCCUGGCGCGAGCUUCCCAGGAAAGGCAUCGAUCUUUCAAAAAUCCUUUUGAAAGUCUGUUACUUGCAUUUGGUAUCAGAUUUGGGGCUAACAACCAGAAAUGAAGAAUGGAGGGGGGGGUGGUCAAUAAUGCUGUGGAUCCUGAUGCUUUGAAGGACGUCCUGGGUGGUUGCCGAGUCGUGUCUUUAGUGCGUCCCGGGGCGCCCCUAGGCAGCUUUGCCAGGCGCCUGCGGGUGUGCGGCUGUGGAGCCUCCCCGGGCGGCCCCCAGUGGGUAACGUCGGGGUUUUACCGGCUGUUUCGGUCUGCGCGGAGUUUGGGUCACUGACUGCUGCUGCCUUCCAGACCUUCGGGAUCCUUCCCCGUGACCGCACCUAUUACAAGAUUAGACCAGUGUCUUUCUGAAACAUCGCGCACAGACACGCGCCUGGAGGAAAUACGUUCCCAAGGACAGAUGAUCAUUAACGAAACAGCGAGUGAACUAUGCCCUGCCCUGCGCUGCUGAGUGUGCAGCUGGGCCCGCCAUCCCGGGCUGCGCCCCCUCGGGGGAAAGAGAGCCACCUAGUGAGAGAGGGCUCGCAGCUCCGCUGCAGGCCCUGUUCAGUUUACUAUGGACACCAUGGUGAAAAAGGGUCCUGGGGUCCCUGCCUUGGAGAAAUCCACCUUCUGGUAGACAUAGCAGAGAGUGGAGAAGUGAUAAGAGUGCAGUAUGGUGGGUGCUGUAAUUAAGACAUAGCGAGACACAAAAAAAGAGGCGACCCCUGAACCAGCGCGAGGGACCCACCCGCACGAUGACUGAGACCACCAAGACCCACGUUAUCCUGCUUGCCUGCGGCAGCUUCAACCCCAUCACCAAAGGGCACAUUCAGAUGUUCGAAAGAGCCAGGGAUUAUCUGCACAAAACCGGAAGGUUUAUCGUGAUUGGUGGGAUUGUCUCUCCUGUCCACGACUCCUAUGGAAAACAGGGCCUUGUGUCCAGCCGGCACCGCCUCAUCAUGUGUCAGCUGGCCGUCCAGAAUUCCGAUUGGAUCAGGGUGGACCCCUGGGAGUGCUAUCAGGACACCUGGCAAACCACCUGCAGUGUGUUGGAACACCAUCGGGACCUCAUGAAGCGGGUGACUGGCUGCAUCCUCUCCAAUGUCAACACACCCUCCAUGACGCCUGUGAUCGGACAGCCCCAGAAUGAGACCCCCCAGCCCAUUUACCAGAACAGCAACGUGUCCACCAAGCCCACUGCAGCCAAGAUCUUGGGGAAGGUGGGAGAAAGUUUAAGCCGGAUCUGCUGUGUCCGCCCACCCGUGGAGCGCUUCACCUUUGUGGAUGAGAACGCCAAUCUGGGCACAGUGAUGCGGUAUGAGGAAAUCGAGCUGCGGAUCUUGCUGCUGUGUGGCAGUGACCUGCUGGAAUCCUUCUGCAUCCCGGGGCUCUGGAACGAGGCGGAUAUGGAGGUGAUCGUGGGGGACUUUGGGAUUGUGGUGGUGCCCCGGGAUGCAGCUGACACAGACCGAAUCAUGAACCACUCCUCAAUACUCCGCAAAUACAAAAAUAACAUUAUGGUGGUGAAGGAUGACAUCAACCAUCCCAUGUCUGUCGUCAGCUCAACCAAGAGCAGGCUGGCCCUGCAGCACGGGGAUGGCCACGUGGUGGACUACCUGUCCCAGCCGGUCAUCGACUACAUCCUCAAGAGCCAGCUGUACAUCAACGCCUCGGGCUAGCAGCCACCCGGCCCUCGGCUCCACUCUCCCCUCGUCCUCCGCCAACACACUGGCCCCUCCAGUCUCUGUCCCCUGGUUCUUCUCCUGCCUCUCUGUGUCUCCACUCCUCGUCUUGACUGUUCUCCCCACCUGCUGACUCAACCCUCCACGGUGUGGGGGACCUGCAGAGAACCACAGCAUACCCUACUCAGCUGUCAUCUUCGGACAGACUCCCCUCUGGU